GGGGCAGUACGUGACUAGUUAUGUUGGCAUAAUGCGAGAGGAUAUUAGGCAUCGAGUGACCUAUUGUUAGGUAUUGUGAGACUGAAAGUGCAUGACUUGUGUAAUUUAUCUCUCGGUUUGAGGCUUUUAUUGAGUAGUUUGUAGGCAUUGCAUGACUAUUUUUAUGUAUUGCGCGCAUGUUAUGUAUUGCGUGACAUUGGGUCGUUAUGUGACCAGUUAUGUUGGCAUAAUGUGAGGAGUUCUUUCUUUUUUACAUUGGGCUCUAUGCAUAAGGCGUUUCUGAGAAUAGAUCUCCCCAUAUUACGCAUUGAGUGAGUUAUAAUUAUUGGGUAUUGCGAGAGUGGAGAUGCGUGACUUGUGCAAUUUAUCUCUUAUUUUGAGGCUUUUUUUCACUCAUUUGUAGAUACUGCAUGACUGGUUUUUAUGUAUUGCGUGACUAUUGUUAUGUUUUGCAUUACAUUAGGCCGUUACGUGACUGGUUAUGUUUGCAUAAUGCGUGGGUGGAUGUUAAGCAUUGAGUGACUUAUUAUUAGGUAUUGCUAGACUGGCGGUGCGUGAUUUGUGAAAUUCAUCACUUGUUUUGAGGCUUUUGUUAACUAGUUUUUAGACGCUGUGUGACUGUUUUUAUGUAUUGCGUAACCUGUUGUUAUGUUUUGCGUGACAUUGAGCUGUUACGUGACUGGUUAUAUUGACAUAAUGUGAGUGGAUAUUACGCAUUGAGUGACUUAUUAUUAGGUAUUGCGAGACUGACAGUGCGUGGCUUGUGCAAUUCAUCUCUUGUUUAGAGGCUUUUGUUCACUAGUUUUUAAGGUCUGCAUGAAUGUGCAUUAGAAUGCGACACUUAUUUUCUGUUAAAUUUCAGCAGCUUGUGAAAUAUGACUUAGGCAUUGUGUAAGUGGUUUUUAUGCAUUGAGGGGUAAUUUUUGAUAAAUUGACUGAUUGUGACACUUAUUUUCUGUUAAAUUUCAAUGACUUGUCAAAUAUGAAGCUUAUGAUUACUUACGACGAUCAUUGGGUCGAUGACACUUACAAGGGUGGUGAGACAUGAGUGAGGGCUGUUAGGGGUGAGUUGUCAUUUUCAGGCCUACUAAAGCUAGUUGAAGAGGUUGUUGGGGUCAACUUACAUAAUAAUGAAAUCGAGCUACAUGCAUUGCUCAGUUAUGCCGCAGGCCUUUCGCGCGCAGUUAUCAGGGAUGAUGACAAUGUAGCAAGUGUUCUACGAGGUGAGAGGGUAGUUGUUGUAUUUAUGACAGUUAAGGCAGGAAAUGCAAACGAUAUUCCACAUGAUCAUGGUAUCGAACAUAAUAUCACUUACAACAGAAUGUUAAUUAUUUUGACCUACCACACCACGUAUUUUCGAACCAACAACCAUGGCAAUCACGGUUGACGUAUCCUAAUGAGUUUGAGCAGGCCGGUACACACAUAAGGUGUAUGCAAAUGAUGUCUGCACAAUUCCGAUCGAAAUGUGGAUCGAAUGAAAUACUUGGUACUUUGCAACAAACGCAACUGUCGCACGAAAAUCCAUUGGGUCCAUUGUCAUUCGCACAGGACAUUGUAAUGGUUGUGAGUGAUGAGGAUGCAUCUAAUAAGAUUGAAGAUGAUGUUGAAGAGGAUGACAUGGCGGAUUGAAACGAUGAGUUGCAUGAUGACUGUGAAGAUGAUCAUGUUGGUAGACAUGAUGACGGUUCAGAGGACGACAGGGGUGAGCACAUCGACAUUGGGGAUUACAAUCAUGCAUAUGGCAGUAUAGGACACGCCACAACUGUUGUGUUAGAAGAGGUUUAAUUCGAGGACCAUGCCACAACUGUUGAAUUAGAAGAUGUAGAGGGUAUCGACCUUAUUUAUGACAAUGACAUCGCACUUGAUAAGGACAUUCGUUCGCUUGAUGAUAGUGAUUAAGAGAAGGUAAAUACAGGGGUAUUUAGUCAAUGGAUUAUUCCCGGGGUGGAUAUGAUAUCCUUCAAAACAGUUGCGACUAAUGAUUCCAAAUCAAUUGACGACCACUUAUCUCGAAAAAAUGUUUCCAUCGAAUGCUGAAUUGAAACGAGCUUUGAGCAUGUUGCCACUAAAAUAACAUUUUGAGGUCAGAGUUAAAAAGUCAUGUCAUGCUCGUUUUGAGGUUGGUUGCAAGGAGAAGGCAUGCAAGUUUGCAUUGCGUGCAACGAAGUUGCCUAAGGGAGAAUAUUGGCAACUUCGAAUGGUGUAGAAGGUACACACAUGUACUAUUAAUGGUUUACAUUGUGGGUACCGAAUUGCGAGCGCAAGGUUAAUUGGUGAGCUUAUCUUCACCAGGCUACACGAAAAUUAUGUAACCCCAGUGAGACCUAAGGAAAUAAUGGAAGAGAUGAAUCGCAAAUGGGGAUUGCAAUGCCUAUAUGGUAAGGUGUGGCAAGCGAAGGAGUAUGCAAAGAGUCUUGUGUUCGGUCCCUUGAAAGAGUCAUUCCAACUCCUCCUUUCGUAUUUUCAUAUGUUGGAACGUGAAAAUCUCCGUACCGUCACGAGUGUUGCUACGAAUGGGGAACAACGAUUCAAAUAUUGUUUUUGGGCAUUCAGCUCACGUAUCCGGGGGGUCAGUGUUGUAAUGCAACCUGUAGUUGCUAUCGAUGCCACACACCUGAAAGACAGAUUCAAGCGUAUUCUGUUUGUUGCAAUAUGCAAAGAUGCGAAUGAGCAGAUAUAUCCAGUUUCAUUUGGCAUUGACCACGUGGAGGAUGAAGAGUCUUGGUCUUAGUUUCUUAACCAAUUAUGUCGUGCAAUUGGUUGUCCUGAAAAUGUAAUGUUCAUUUUUUAUCAGCAUAUUGGCAUUAAGAAUACAGUUGAGAAAAUGUAUAAGGAUGCGCAUCACGGUCUAUGCCAUUACCACUUAGGAAAAAACAUUAAAAACAUGUUCAAGCGUGAAGAUGUUGGCGUGAUAUUCACGGUGGCAGCCAACUGCUAUAGGCUUGUCGAUUUUAACAGACAUAUGAAUCAGCUGAAACAGGUUUGCAAACCUAUUUAUGACCUCCUUAUGAGAUUAGGCCCUAAGAGAUGGGCACGUGCACGGUCACCAGUAAGGCAAUACAAGCUAAUAACAUCAAACAUUGCGAAGUAUAUUAACUCCUGCCUUAGGCACGCAAGGAAAAUGCCAAUAACUGUCCUGAUAGAGUGCAUCAGAGACAUGUUCCAACAUUGGUUCCAUGACCGGCACAAUGAGGCAUUGAAUUUGACCAUGCCCUUCAGCUUUUGGGCAAUUGAUCUAUUGAACAAACGGUUCAAUGAAGCAUGUCACUUUUUUGUACAACCAAUUAAUCGAAUGGAGUUUCAAGUUAUAGGCGGGACUAAGGACGCAGUCAUCAACCUGUGCACGAAGGCGUGUUCAUGCAAUGAGUUCCAAUCUGAUUUACUCCCCUGCACACAUGCCAUGCCGACAAUAAGUAAGUGCAAACAUGCAGCCAUUGAAUUCUGCUCGAACUAUUACUUUACUCGGUCUUGGGUGGAUGGAUAUGCGGUUCCCAUUCGCUCGGUUGGGCAUCCCAGUAAGUGGGACAUCCCCCAUGACGUUAAACAAAUAGUGGUUUUGCUACCAACCUGGCAAGGUCAAGCAGGAAGACCUAGGAGGAAAAGGAUUCUAUCAAUUGGGGAAGGCAGUCGACGACAUAAAUGUUCACAAUGCAAGAGCUAUGGCCAUAAUAGACAAAAUUACCCUAUGCCGUUUGCAGGUCUUUCGACAAACACGGAAACAUCAUCUACUCAAUCAACGGCUAGACAACGACGACGACCCAAGGCAUGUUCAAUUUGCAGACAACCCGGGCACACACGAAACCACUGUCCAAUGCGGACCACAAACUUUAGAAACGUUAUAGGUGUUGUACCUAAAGAUAGUGGCCUUUCAAACGUCAGUUAUUAGGGAUUGUUUGGAUUUGGCCAUUGACAUUUGCAUUAAAUAUUACCAUUUGAAUUGGAGUAUGUCAGAGUCUGAAGAUGAUACUUUCGCUUCUGACAAUAGCCAGGAAUAAGAUAUCUUAAGAUAUUAUUUGGGUUUCAUCUAAUGCAUUGUACUUUAUAAUUUGUGUCAUUGUAAACUUUUAAAUUAAAGUAGAAAAUAUUUAAUAAUAAUAUUUGCAUGAUUAAUUCUGGCCUUCUACUUCAUAUUUUUGCCUAGAGGGAAAGAAAUUUUUAUAAUAAUAAUAGCAUUGUUUAGAUGGCUAAAGUAGAACAAUUUGUUUGAAGUAACUUUGUUUAUUAUCGCCAAUAUU